AUGCGCACCGCCACAAUUCUUUCAUCAGCGCUCCUCGCAGCAACAGCACUGGCACAGACUCCUGCAGGGAGCUGGCCAGCAACGCAAGUCAAUCUAAGCGCCUCGUUCGGAAACGAGACCGUCACUCCCGGUCUAUGGAUCAAUCCCGACGAUGUGACCUCGUCUCCAUCUAUCUACCCCGGCAACGUCAAGCAUGCCUACCCCGGAACCUACAUGAUCCUGAUGCUUGACCUCAACAUCCCCGACUCCGACGUCACCACAGCAGCCAAGUACUCCACCCUUGUCCCUGGACUGACAACCAAUACCACCACUCGUCUGCACUGGUGGGGCGGAAACUACACCUUGGAAGGUCGAACCUUCGUCAACGCAAGCGAUGCCCUGGCACCGUAUACCGCCCCGCGACCCAGGGACAGCACUGAGCAUACGUAUACAAUCUAUCUCUUCAACCAGCCAAAGGGCUAUGUUCCGCCUGCUGCGGCUGUUGAGGGCUUGUACUAUGAUCAAACCACGAAUGCACGAUUCAAUUUCAGUUUGGCUCCUGUUGUGGCGGCGGUGGGUCGGCCGGUGGCAGCGACGUACUUUGUUAGUUCGGCGACUGCUUAG